AUGUCUUGCAAUAAGGAUGACUGUUGCCAGUCAGACAGUGUAUGUGAGCGGAAUGAAGUGCCAAAUGAUGUAGAGGGAAUUUAUGAACUGGUGGAUGCGCUGGACGAUGUCUGGGGAGAUAGUGAUGGAGAAGACGAUAUAAUUACUAAGAACUCUUCAUCUACGGCUGAAAUAAAGAGGGUUCACACCAAACAGGGGUAUUUGGAUGGGCUAAGCAACGCCAAAGAGUCGAGCCUACAGCAAGGGUUUGAUGACGGGUAUCCCAAAGGCGGAGAAUUGGGAAUAAUGGUUGGGAGGAUUUUAGCUACUGUUCUCUCAUACGAUACUGAGUUGUUUCUACAGUGCAAACAGGAACUUAUUAUAUCUAAAGUGCUAAAUAAGGGGUACUUCAACUCUAACUUAGAUAUAGAAGACUUAGAGGCGCACGAGGUGUUACAAAAAUGGCUAAAAAUAUGUAGUGAUUUAAUUCCCGACUUGUAA